AUGUCGAAAGAAGACUUGGAGGUCCAGGCUCAAAGCCUGCCGGCUUACGAGGGCAGCAAUGAAGAAAAGAGGCGGGACAAGAUUGCCGAGGGCAGCACCGCUCUGGGCGGCAUCGAGCGUGUCGAGGAAUACGGCUACGUGUCUCGCGGCCUCAAGUCACGACACAUUCAGUUCAUCGCACUUGGCGGCACCAUUGGCACCGGUCUCUUCCUCGGUAUUGGCUCGGCCUUUACGCGAGCAGGUCCACUGUCCGUCCUUCUCGGUUACUCGAUUACCGGUAUUGCCAUCUUCGCCAUGAUGCAGUGCCUCGGUGAGAUGGCCACCUGGCUUCCCCUGCCCGGUGCCAUUCCCCAGUUCUGUGCUCGCUACGUCGACGACGCUCUUGGCUUUGCUGUCGGCUGGAACAACUGGUACUCGUCUGCCAUUACGAUUUGCGCCGAGAUCUCGGCCGCUUCGGUCGUCAUUGGCUACUGGCCCGGCGCCGACCACAUCAACGUGUCGGCCUGGAUCACGCUGCUGCUCGUCCUCGUCAUCCUGCUCAACAUUAUCGCCGUCUCUGUCUACGGCGAGGCCGAGUUUGUGUUCGCGUCCGUCAAGAUUAUCACGAUUGUCGGCCUGCUCAUCAUGGCCUUCAUCGUCAUGCUGGGCGGCAACCCCAAACACCAGCGCCUUGGCUUCUACUACUGGCAGCACCCGGGCGCCAUGCUCGAGUAUGAUGGCACCGGCAACACGGGCCGCUUCCUGGGUCUGUUCUCGACGCUCGUCAACGCCGCCUUCUCCUUUGGUGGUGUGGAGCUGGUGGCUGUUGCCGCCGGCGAGGCCGAGAACCCGCGCAAGAACAUCCCCAAGGCCGUCCGCCGCGUGUUUUGGCGUAUCAUCUUCUUCUACGUGCUGGGCUCUCUCGCCAUUGGAUGGCUCGUGGCCGCGGACGAUCCGCGCCUGCUGACUGCCCAGGCAGACGGUGCGCCCGGUGCUGCUGCUUCGCCGUGGGUGAUUGGCAUCCAGAACGUCGGCAUCAAGGUUCUACCGUCCAUCAUCAACGCAGUCAUCCUGACCUCGGCCUCGUCGUCGGCCAACGCCUUUUUGUACACGGGCUCGCGCUACCUGUACGCCCUGGCCCAGAACCGCCAGGCGCCCGCCAUCUUCCUGACCUGCUCCAGGCGCGGCGUGCCCUACUACGCUGUGGCAGCCACGGCCGCGGUCGGUCUGCUCACGUACCUGUCAGCGGGCUCGGGCGGUGCGGCGACGGCCUUCAACUGGUUCCAGAACUUGACGACAAUUGCCAGUCUUUUCACGUGGGGCUCGAUCUGCGUGUGCUACAUCCGCUUCCACAAGGCGCUCAAGGCGCAGGGCAUCGACCGCAACACGCUGGUGAUGAAGAGCCCUUUCCAGCCGUUCCUGGCCUAUGCCUCACUGGGCUUCUUUGUCAUUAUCGUCCUCUUCAACGGCUUUGACGUCUUUGUGCACGGCCACUGGGACGUCAGCAAUUUCCUCGCGGCGUACAUUGGUAUUCCCAUCUUCUUUGGCCUGUACCUUAUCUGGAAGAUUAUCAAGCGCACGCGCUGGGUCAAACCGGAAGAGGCCGAUCUGCACACGGGCAAGGCCGAGCUGGACGCCGAGGAUGCGCACUGGCCCGACCUCAAGCCGCGCAAUUGGCUCGAGCGCUUCUGGUUCUGGCUGGCAUAA